AUGGCAGUGAACCCAACAGAAAGCCGCAUUCCCGAGACAAGGCUGUUUUCCUCUUGCCAGGAAGACUGGAUUGGAUUUGGUAAUCAAUGUUAUUAUUUUUCUGAUGAUAUAAGGAACUGGACCUCCAGUCAGGACUUCUGUGCAUCCUUUGGUGCCAAUCUGGUCAAGUUUGACAGCAAGGAGGAGUUGAAUUUCUUGGAAAGACACAGAAUUUCAUAUGACCAUUGGAUUGGCCUUAGAAGAAAAUCUCCACAGCAUAGUUGGAAGUGGGCAGACAACACCGAGUUCAACAACUUGGCUGAGGUGAGGGGAACUGGGGAGUGCGCCUAUCUGAAUGGAGUGGGCAUCAGCAGCGGGCGGUUCUACACGGAGCGCAAGUGGAUCUGCAGCAAGCCGAGCAGCUACGUGCAUCUUGUGCUCUGGCGUUCUGGGGGUGACCCAUGUAGUUCUGGGGUUCCCACCAUGGGGCCAAGUGGCUUUGGUGGGAUGGAGCCCUCUGCUGGGCGAGUGAGGCGUGAGGGUGGGGUCUUUGUGCUGGUUCUGGGCGCGGAGGUUUCUCUGUUCUUUGCCAUCAGCAGGGCUGAGGUCAGGGGAACUGGGGAGUGCGCCUAUCUGAACGCAGUGCAUAUGAAAGCAGAGGGCAUCAGCAGCACGGACAGAUACAGGAAGCUGAAGUGGAUCUGCAGCAAGUCCAGCAGCUAUGUGCAGUGUGCAGCGACCUCGGGGUCCUUUCUGCAUGGGGUCUCCUGGCUGGGGCUCACGCCUCUCAUCCUGACUGGGCAGAUAUAUGUAGCUGUGCUGCAUGGGAAGCUCACCAAAGGUCAGGUUCCUAGUCAGACAGGAAACUGCCUUUGCACACCCCAGUGCUCCACAGGCCGCCCUGGCCUGCAGUAUGGAAAUGGUGUUAACCCCUUCUGUGCCCAAAUUACUUCAGAUCCAACUUCUACCUAG